AUGUUACCAUUUCUCGUCCGAACAUAUUUCCGCUGGGCGCGUGAUGCCGCUUCCCGCGCCAUGCCGAACAGCUGGCGGUUCAGCCGCGUGAGGCGCUCGUUGACGAAGAGCCUUCGCAGCUCCCCCGGCAUGCUGAUGUCGGCUGAGACAGGGCUCGACACGCCAGCCCGACGCCGAUGGUGCGAGAGAAGCCCACCCGCUCCGCGAAUGCAACGUCCCGGUCCUCCAACUUUAUGCCUAGCUUUACAGCUA